AUGGACAAAACAACGCAAGUAGGCCUCGAGACACCGAUUGAGAACUUCUGUUUGACUAUCCGUUUGAGGAUGGUAACAGGUACUCAAUUGCAAUUUGAUUUGACUCAAACGAAAGAGUUCUUUCCAAAAAGUGCUCAAGAAAAUAACAUCACACUCCAAGAUUUGAGGGCUGCUACCUCCCUCAGCAACAAAUCUAUAGAUUCCAACUUCUUGGCGAUUGCGGCUAGUUGCACUGCUACAGGUUCUGGUGGUUGGUUUCCCUCUUCUGAAUUGCUCCGGGAUUCGGAGGAAUGGACGGUAGAAGGCAGACUCCCGGAUGCUGAAAAAGGCGCAUCUGAUCUGAGGGCCAAGUUUAAUCGCAUGGGCUUAUGCAGCGACAGGGACAUUGUAGUUCUUUGGGGAGGCCAUAUUCUUGAUAGAGCCCAAGAAGAUAGAUCAGACUUUGAUGGACCUUGGAUUGGAAAGCCCCUUAAAUUUGAUAACUCAUACUUUAAGGAGCUGCUGAAAGUGCAUAAGGAUGAGUUCAUGAAGCUGGAUCCAUGGGCGUUGCGAGGGUUCCAAGGAAAAAGGUUGGCGAACUUGUUGAACGAAGAGCCGGAGGGGUUGUUACUGCUUCCUUCAGAUCGAUUAUUGAUGACUAAUGCUUGGUUUCGCUUGUAUGUUAUUACAUAUGCCAAGAAUCCAAAUUCAUUCCUGGAGCAGUAUGCAAUAUCACAUAAGAAACUCUCCGAGUUAGGAUUCAUAAAAAGGCCACCUUUUCCUCUUUACUACGUCUACAUGAAUAAGAAGAAUAAUAAGAGUAACAUGUUGCCACAAACCAUUGCGGGUUUGGCCCUUGCUGCUUCGGUCAUGAUAAUCUGGUAUCGCAUAAGGCGUAGGUAA